CAAUAUAAUAUUUACAUAACAAAUGGUGAGAAUAUGAACUUUCGAUCAGAUGAUUGGUCUACAAUAGUGAAAACUCAAAACAACAGGAGCAUUAUCAGUUCAGUUCAGACUAUGAACUUAUUCGUUUAAUUUAACUGUAAAUGAUGUCUCAGAAGUAUAAAGUUAUUGAUUUGUAUAAAAGAUUACUUCAUCUGGGCAAAGACUAUCCAUCAGGAUACGACUUAUUCCGUUCGAAACUGCAUAAUGUAUUUUUGAAAAAUAGUAAGGAAAAUGAUCCUGUGAAAAUAGAAAAAAUGAUAGCUCAUGGAGAAUAUGUUGUCAAAGAAUUAGAGGCCUUAUACAUGUUGAAGAAAUUCCGAACUCUAAAGAGGCGUUAUUAUGAUAACUGAUAUUGAUUUCAUUGUGAUUCAAUGUAGUGCAAUAAUUUGUUCUAAGUAUAAAUUUUCUUAUUUUUUAA